AUGCGUCUCUCAAUCUUCCUCUCAGCCAUCACUCUCCUCACUCACCCAACAGAAGCAUGCUAUUUCAACGUAUACUCCACGACAGUUGGUACCUUCAAAGCACAACAUUCCGAGCCCCUCGAUCACAAUGGCGCACCCCAGACCCUCACUGGAAAAUAUCUUACCUGUUCUUUCUCAGCCGAUCUUGCCGACGGAUGUAUUGUAACAGUCGAGACCAAUGUUGGGUGUGGGAAUUUGACCUUCGAGAGGAUUGGUACUAACUGA